CGUCCGUCGCUCGCUCGGGUUGCCCCUACCAUAGGGGGGGGUUUCUUUUCUUUCUUUUUUUUUAAGUUUUAACAUUUGAAUUUCUCUUACAUUCUACGUUCCCGAAACGGAUUCUAUAAAAUAUUUUACAUUUUCUAUGAUCAUCUUUAUUUCAGGUAUUCGGGGAAUUCUCCUUAAUAGACGAAAUAUUCUUAUUAUGUCAAUGUCAAUUGAAUCAAUGUUAUUAGCUGUGAAUUCGAACUUUAUGGUAUUUUCUGUUUCUUUGGAUGAUAUGAUGGGUCAAUUAUUUGCUUUAUUGGUUCCAACGGUGGCAGCUGCGGAAUCUGCUAUUGGGUUAGCCAUUUUCGUUAUUACUUUCCGAGUCCGGGGGACUAUUGCUGUAGAAUCUAUUAAUAGCAUUCAAGGAUCAGGGCCUUUCUCACUGGGCGAAAAGAGUUCCACGAAGAUGCAGGCUAGAAAGAUGCUAUUUGCUGCUAUUCUAUCUAUUUGUGCAUCAAGUUCGAAGAAGAUCUCAAUCUAUAAUGAAGAAAUGAUAGUAGCUCGUUGUUUUAUAGGCUUUAUCAUAUUCAGUCGGAAGAGUUUAGGUAAUACUUUCAAAGCGACUCUCGACGAGAGAAUCCAGGCUAUUCAGGAAGAAUCGCAGCAAUUCCCCAAUCCUAACGAAGUAGUUCCUCCGGAAUCCAAUGAACAACAACGAUUACUUAGGGUCAGCUUGCGAAUUUGUGGAACCGUAGUAGAAUCAUUACCAAUGGCACGCUGUGCGCCUAAGUGCGAAAAGACAGUGCAAGCUUUGUUAUGUCGAAACCUAAAUGUUAAGUCAGCAACACUUCCAAAUGCCACUUCUUCCCGUCGCACCCGUCUUCAGGACGAUCUAGUCACAGGGUUUCACUUCUCAGUGAGUGAAAGAUUUGUCCCCGGGUCUACGUUAAAAGCUUCUAUAGUAGAACUCAUUCGAGAAGGCUUGGUGGUCUUAAGAAUGGUUCGGGCAGGGGGUUCUCUUAAGAAUAAGGAAGACAAAUAAAAUCGAAUUCAUGUUCAUGCUAAGAGAAGAGCGGAUCCAAUACCAAGACGACUUCUUUCUCAGAAAA